AUGUUGUGCUUGCAUCACGCAAGUGGUGUAUGGUAUGACACGGGUCGCGUCCGUCGACGUUCACCGAAGGCGUGCACUUCUCUCUUAGUAAUACAUCGCGACCCGUUCGAUGUCGGCAUAAGCGCCGUUCGGGAGUCCAAUCUUCGCGUUCACGCGCGGCGGCUGGACCGUGACGGUGGCCUGCCGGCUAUCGGACGGUAG